AUGGCAAAGUUUGAGGAGGCGGAGUUCAAGCCUUUCGAAGGCGAGAGGAAGGAGUUGGAGAGGCGCAGCGUCACAGAGACCGUCUUGAACUGGUCGCCAGAGCCUGUGAGCUACGCUCCUCACUGCCUGGCACGUGAGAGUCGGGAAAAGAUCAUUGGUGCUGAGCCUGUUGAGGGCGAGCACUACCUCAGCAAUCAGGAGAAGCAGAAAGACGUUGUGGGUGCUUGCUAUCAUGCUCUCGGAGUGGACAGCACUGGCGCCGCGGCAGUGGAAACUUGGGGAGAAGACGGGGUACCAGGAAAGAAGAACACGGAUUGGCAAGAGCCACACGCAACUUGGAUAGUGUCGAUGCACGCCAAUCCAUCCUUUCCUGGCUUGACCGCUGAUGCAGUUUGGGACUGCAGCACGCGUGACAUCAAUCGAGGCUGGAAGAUGGCGAAUUGGGAGAGGCAAACUGACAUGGCAACAGAUUACUUCGAGAACGCCUUCGAGCCAGCUUACAAGACCAUUUGCUCUUCCAUUGUUGGGGUCAUAACCUUGGCUGGAGCCAUAGCUGCCUAUGCCGGCACCAAGAACGAAGUCAGCGACAUUUGUGAAUCCAUAGGUGCCAACGCACAAGGUGGCGCCUUGUAUGCGCUCGAGGUUACACAAGACUACCGCAACAAGCGCUUCAUUGAGAGCGACUUCGCUGACUGCAACCCACUGCAGAACACCAUGGCCAAAGUUUACUGCGAUCUCGCUUGCGUGGAAGACGCAGUGAAGAGAGGUGACCAGCAGAUUCUGAGUUCCAUUGGCACGAUGAAUCACAACAUACUCUCUGAGAUGAAGGCCUUCUUUGACCACUACGUCUCUGAGAUUUUCGUGCGCCUCACGCACAUCGAAGACAAAUCCAGCCAUGAGACUCAGCAGCUGAAGCAGGCUAUGGACACCUAUGCCAAGGCUGAUAUUGAUGCCGUGAACUCCAAUGGCAAGCAGAUCAUCAGUGCCAUGAACUCGCAGCACUCUGCCAUCAACAAAAACCUUGGGGACGCCGCGAAGCAAAUCUUUGAUCUCAACCAUGAGGAGCACAAGAUCAUUGCUGCAAAGAUGGAUGCUCAUUUGGACGCCACAACUGACGCAAUCGACAAGCUGCAGGAGUCGACGGUGCAGGGCUUCAGCGAUGCGUUCAGCGAGUUUUCGGAUUCCCUACAGGAUCUUCACAAGCUUCACAACGCCACGCGCAACGCAUCGGAAGACUUCUCCACUUGGGCGAAGGACUCCAUGCACAAAAUGAGUGGUGAGAGGCUGCAGCAGAUUCAUCAGAGUCUCCAACGCUUGCUCUCGAGAAUCCGUUCCAGAAAGCAAGCAAACGCGACGCUGCAUGAUGUGUGGUCCUUGCAUCAGGAUGCCCAGGGAACUUUGCAGGACUUGCUGAGCUUUAGAAGCACGAAGCAUUCUGCCACCAACCCAGCACCACGGCUGGAUGCCGACAUGAAGAAGCUGCUGAAAGCUGCGGAGUUGUCGAUUCAAAGCCAUCAUCUCUCCUCUGAGCGGAUGGGCAAGAGGAUGGGAGCGAUGCAGUCCUCCGCAGCCUCAAGAUGGUUCCUUGAGGAAAAUCUUGAGAUGCAGCUACAAUCGCAGCUGGUGCAGUUUGACAAGGUCCUGCUAAGCAUUCGUCAGGCUGCCGAGGAUUACUUGGAUGCUGCCAGCGAGCAGGUCGAGCUAACUGCACAUGCCACAGAACUCACGAACCAGUACUUGUCCGAGUGCAGUGCGGACUAUUGGGAGCUACAACUUGCAUCCCAGAAAGCCAUGUCUUCUGGCAAGAAGGCAGCCAAGCAGGCCCGGGUGGCUGUCAGCCAUGUCACUCAGCAGGUGGGCCUGUUGGCUGAUGUCGUGGUUGAUGGCGGCCUCCUUCGCUCUAUCGUGGAAGAAGCUGCUUUGAAGCUUUCCCGGGAAAGGUUGGACUCGGCACCUCAAAGCAGCGUCCCCAUCGUGUCCUUGCACAAAGAGCUAUCAGGCGUUCACACUCAGCUCUUCCGGGAGCUGGCACGCCGCAUGCGCCCGAUCAUGCCCAGGGCAUGGGCGGCGCUGCAGCUCGUGCAAGACCUGCAGAUGCGGCAAGAGAUGCACGGCAUGGCGCGCGCCGGCGUCAAGGACGCUGAGCUGAUGCUCUCAUCCUGGCAGAGAUUGGACGCGGAGAUGCAGGAGGUGGUGCGCUCAGCACGAACUCCGGACAGCGCGCUUGGCACAGUCUUUAAGAAACACCUGGAGGAGGCCCUGUUGACGCGCGCGAAGGCUCCGGAAGAAUGUGAGGCCGCUGGCUGGGCGCUGUGGGGAAACCUCACCAAGGAUUCCAAGAUGUCCGAGGUGGUGUUGGUGAAGGGCAUGGCCCAGUUGCUUUUGGAGAGCGAGGGCAGGAAUGGCACCAAGUUUGACUUGGCCAGCGAGACUGGAGCGAUGGUGUGCUCCUUGCAGCCUCAAAAACUCGAAAACACGACUCUCUCCAGAACUCGACCUCUACGAGCAGGAGAGAUGGUGGUUUGCUUGAAUGAGAUGGAGCCAGGUUGCAAUGCGGUACUUCCCAACGGCAAAUCUGCUCUGAAUGCCGCCGUCCUUUGGGGCGUUUGAAAUUGCACAGGCUGCAAUGCGUUGCCACCCAGUUUUGCGCAGGAGCUAUGGGGCAAAUCAUUUCGCUGUGCUGUGAAGGCUAUGAUGCCAGAUGUUGGACCUGCGCCGUACGUGGCCAGAAAAAGCA